AUGGCCAUCGCCACCAUCUCUACCACAACAGCUAUUCCCAUUCUGACUACCCAAAUCCAAAUCAAACCAGAACCAAUUUCUACUAAUUCCAAUUCCAAAAAAUGGUCACUCAAAUCGUGCAAAAAUCUUCAAGAAAUUAAACAACUGCAUGCCCAUAUAACAAAACAAGGUAGUUUACACAGUUCCAGCACGCUAACCAAACUCAUAGCCAAGUACGCACAAGUGGGCUCUCUUGAAAGCUUAGAAUAUGCCCAGAAGGCCUUUGAAAUAUUCAAAGAUAGAAAUUUGGUUCUAUACAACACAAUUUUGUCUAAUUAUGUGCGUCUGGGAAAGACAAAAGAAGCACUUGAUAUAUUUUGUGAAUUGCUUGAGCAAGGACCUGCGCCUGAUAGAGUAACUAUGUUGUCUGCUAUUGCAGCCUCUGCUGAACUAGGAAAUCUUUGCUUUGGGAGGCAGUGCCAUGCUUAUGUUUUGAGGAAUGGGCUUGAAAGCUGGGAUAACAUUGGCAAUGCAAUUAUAGACGUGUACACAAAGUGUGGCAAGCAGAAAUGGGCUUGCAGAGUUUUCGAUCGAAUGUCAAACAAGACUAUUGUUUCGUGGAAUUCACUGAUUGCUGGUUUUGUUAGAAAUGGUGAUGUGGAAGAGGCAGUGGCUAUAAUGGAUGACAAUGGAUUCGAUUAA